GACAGCAUGCAGUAGUUGGGGAAGGUCCUGCGAUGGAUGUGUGCAAUUGGCUGCAAUGCAGUACUCAAACGACUUAUUUGUGUCAGCCCUUCCACAAAAGAAAGCCAUGGACCAAGCGCCACGAGUCUACGCACCAAGCUGGAUGCAACGCCCCAUGGAGGCUGUGAGAAUCAUGCCCCAAGCUACUGCGCCCACUCCUUUGCCGGUGACGCAACUACAGUUGCCGAUGCCACAAGGUGUGCCAAAGCGCAAAGGGAUAGACAUUCCCAUUAGAGAAAUGAAGGCGAGUGCUGCAAGUGGACCCCUUGGGCGCCCGACCGGGUCCCAAGGUGUUGUCACCGGUGCAGGUGGACAAGUCCCCAAGGCGGAGUUGACCAAGACACCGCGCGAUGAGGAGGACGAACUACUCUUCCCCCAAGACCUGCAAGAACUCAAGGGCAGCCGCACCCCUUCACCGGAGCCCACAAGCUCUCGACAGACUGCAAAACAACACUUGGCUGAGCUUCUCGACCUGUGGAAGACUACGCGCCGCUUGGAGGAGACAGCAGUUGGGCCACAAGAAAAGCAACGCAUUGAGAAAGUCUUCUUUGAGACGAUGCCUUCAGACAAGGUGAAAAUUGUCGAGGUCAAGCGCGUGAUGCAGCCCAACUUGCUGAACCAGUUUUGCAAAGAGGAGGAAUCCUCAAUGGCCAUGCAUGAGGGUCAGCUUAAGACUCACAAAGAGUUCAUGCUGCUACAUGGAACCCGAUGGGACUAUGCACCUUUGAUUGCCGAGAAUGGCUUGGACCCAACCUGCGGGCAUUUGGCCAAAGGUUCCUGGCUUGGCGGAAUUGCCGAGAAGGCCCAUUCUUAUGCAUCCAAAGGUCCAGGACCUGAGACCUCCGAGGGUGAUCGGCUCUUUGCCUUGUUUGUGGUUGCUGCUGUCCCAGACCUGAUGGACGGCGACGACGAAAGGUCCUUUGGAGUUUGGCGCAUGAUGUCGGGCAAACGCAUGUAUCCUGCUUAUCAUGUUGUCUAUUCUGCGCCUAUGGACAUCAAACGGAAGAAACCGUUGAUUGAACCGCGUCAGAACAAGGCGACACUCCUCCGAAAACAGAACUUGGAAGGUGGUGACAAGGCCGACCUUCCAAGCGCACGAGAAGGCCGCUGCCGAAGUUCAAGCCCCGAGAGGCGGGAGGAGAAGUUAUUGGCUACGCCAACAACGCAAUCAAGUAGCCCCGAUGCAGACAUGUGUAUGGCUAGUUGGCCCCUUGCAGCGGCGACAUCACCUGCUCUCAAGGUUUAUCAGGUGCGUGUGGUGGGCGCUGAUUCGCCCAGCGCGGGUUCUCCCUCUCCUGGCUCGCCUGGUGGACGGGCCAUGUCCGAGGACCCGUCCUCGGCCGAAGACGUCAGCCGAACACCAUCACCCGAACCUUCCAGAGGUAUGAGUGUCGCUAAGCAGCAACUGGGCGAGUUGCUGGAAAUCUGGAAGACGACGCGAUAUUCCCCAGAACCCAUUGGACAGAAUGAGACACAAUGCAUCGAGAAGAUCUUCUUUGAAACAAUGCCGGCGGACAAGGUCAAGAUUGUAGAGAUGAAGCGUGUGCUGCAGCCAACCUUGCUGCGUCGGUUUGUGACGGAGGAGCAGGAGUCCAUUGCCAAGCAGAAGACUGAACGAAAAACGCACAAGCAGUUCAUGCUGAUGCACGGCACCCGGUGGGACUAUGCUCCCUUGAUCCUGGAGAACGGGUUGGACCCAACUUGCGGCCAUUUGACCAAGGGCACAUGGCUGGGAGGAAUUGCAGAGAAGGCGCAUUCCUAUGCAGCCAAGGGCCCAGGACCUGAAGCCAACCAAGAUGGAGAUCGUUUGUUUGCAUUGUUCGUUGUGGCGGCAGUUCCUGACUUGAUGGAUGGGGAUGAUGAAAGAUCCUUCGGUGUGUGGAGAAUUCAAUCCGGAAAGCGCAUGUACACAGCGUACCAUGUCAUUUACUCCGCACCAAUGGAUAUUCGCCGGAAACGUCCACUGAUUGAGCCACGGAAGAACAAGGCAACAAUGCUGAGAAAGCAGAGCCUCGACGGCAUCGACAAGAUCGACAGCCCCUCUCCCACCGGCAGCAAGUCCCCUCGCACGCGCAGUGCCAGCCCUCCAAGAGGACGGGAAGAUCGUCUCCCAAUCACUUUGGGCAACCAAAGCCAUCUCAACCCGGACAUCGCCGCAAGCAGUUGGCCACUGUGCCCGCGUCCGGUGGACGCACGUAUGGCCUCGACAUCCCCAGCAUUGAAGGUUUACCAGCCUCCACGCGCGUCCACAGCCGAGUCGAGCUCUAACUCCCCAAUCAAGCGAAGGAGUUCUGCCGAUGUUGCCACCUUGGAGAAUCGUCUUUCUCCUGGCUUUGGCCAGACACAGCCAAGCUUGAAGCCCAAGCCGGAGACAAGGCAGCCGGCGGCGCCCAAGCUCCUAAAGGAGCCCAAGGAGCCCAAGGAAACUCCAAAGGAGGAGCCGAAGGAGGCAAAGGCAGAUCAAUUGAAAGACCGCGGCUCCCUUGCGUCAGCGGAGAGUUGGGAAGUACAGCUGGAUCAGGGAUGGGUUCCGUUCCGUCCCGGCAGCAAGUUUCGAGAUGAUCCAGGCUCUUCUCAACGCAUUUGCCAUGGCAAGUUCUGGUACACUCUGGCAUUUGAUGAGAAUGGCUCCACGGGCAAGCAGAUCAACCAUUGCACGGGCAAGGUGAGGCCGUUGCGCCGAGUGCAAGGUCCACCGUGUGCUGCAAGUGCUGGCUCGGAGACAAGCACAGAGAGGCCUCAGAAGCAUCCUCCACAACCAGCAGCAGUGGCACGGCAGAGCAGCACAGUCAGGGCACAGGAAUAUCUUCAAGAAGGCUUAUCUCUCGGGUCUGCUGUUUUGUGUCUGGGGGUAUAUGAGGCUAGCAGCGCUUUGCUCUGGAAGCAAGUCUUUGAAGGCAGUUGCUUUCAUGUUUGUUCGGGACACGGCCAGCGUUCACCAACAUAUGUUUUGCAUAUCAAGAAGCUACUUUGGAUAUUUCUUCAAACAGCGAUGCAGUCAAACAUGGUUUCAAACGGCCGGGGAGCCUUCGAGUCUUUGAAACACUUUAUUAUUAUUGGACCAAGCUCAAGGCUGACCGAAUUAGGUUGUCUACGUUGUCCACCACUUGACUAGCGUUCGUUCUGGCUGGUUGUUUUUCACGCUCUCUCUCUCUCUAGCAUCAUGUACAGCUUUAGCAGCAAGUUAUAUUCACUGUGGUAAGGAACAGGGACAAAACGUUCCUGACUCGGUUUUGUUUUGUCAGUGCAUUGUGCUAUGGUCCAAGAAAAGGAACCCAAAACCUCAAGCCAAAGAUACACACCACCGACCAUGACGGUGCCGACUGCAAACAUAAAGUAAACUAACUGCUACAAAGUCGCCGUCCCUCAGCAGAAUUGCAGCCAGCCACCUGCCAAGGCGCCCAACGGCUUUCCCAACUUGCUGACAUCUGCCAACGUCACAUUUUGAAGAGGCUGCCACUUAGAGAAGCGCUUCAUGAAAUGAACUUGCUUGCUUCUCCGCCGGUCCGUUUCGAGAAGGUGGUUAAACCAAGAAUGCGC